AGUGCACAUCAAGUGUAGUCAAAGCUAACUAUUUUAUAAACUUUGGAUUUGAGAAAGCAAACACCUUCGGGGACAGCUGACAUGCUUCGUUUGUUCUUCGUUUUGCUUUGGCUCCAGAACUACUUGGAAAAGUCUGGUGUUCUCUCCCAAACACAAAAGUUUUGCAACGGUGGGACCUGUUACAGUUUGCACUGGGAUGGAGUUCCCUUUGCCCUGGCAAAGGAGAGGUGUGAAGUUAACAAGGGAGUUCUUACCUCCAUGGAGAGUGAGCGCGAAGCAGAGAACAUUCGGCAGCUUUUAGAAAGAAAUGCGAAUGCUUCGCUUCAGCUGCAUUACCUGUGGAUUGGACUUCACCAGAAGGUCAAACAGUGCUAUAUCGCCGAAGAGCCGCUGCGAGGAUUUACAUGGGUCAGCGGGAAUGACAGUUCGGUCUACAACCUCUGGAUUGAAGAACCACAGCAAACCUGCACUCACGAGAGAUGCGUGGCACUUGUGGCAAACUUUACAACACGAAUACAACUCAAGUGGAAUGCUUUAGCGUGCAACGCCAAAAGUAGCGAAGGUUUCAUCUGUAAGUAUCAGUUGUGCGAAAGCCUAAAUACUGACAGGGGAACAGUCGCUUAUAGACUUCCUUUACACACUCUAAGCCAGUUCUUUCCUCGUGUACCCAGAGAUUCGGUGGCGUUCAUUACUUGUAGAAAUGGCAAGUCAGUCGCUGUGAGAUGUGGGCUACAGCGGGGGCAAGUUAAAUGGUUAUAUUCGGGAAACUUGGAAUCUCUAUGCAACAACUGUGGGGAAAUUACAAAAAAUGACUUUUGUCAAAAUAGAUGUUUUCGGACGGCCGAAGAGGAUUUCUGUUUCUGUGACAAGGGUUUCUUGGUCAACCUUCAUCUGUACAGAUGCGUUUCCGAGGCAGACUUCCGAGCCAGUUUCAACGUGUCGUACGAGACUUUCCUGAAAGUUGAGAUCCCAGUUGCCAAUACUAUUUCCCCUGCUACCUCUGUAUCAGCGCCCGCUUCAUCAAUACCUUUGACCGGCUAUGCUGACAAUUCCGCGACCACCUUUCCUUCAGGUGUCAGAGGCUCAGAGAGCGCGGCUCGCUCAAACACGCCCUUCCUGAUCUACCAAGUUAUUAUUGGGGUACUAGCUCUGAUGCUGCUGGUUGCAGUUGCGGUUAUAAUUAUCAUGAAGCGGGAGAACAGAGGUGCUCAUAAAACGGAACUAGAGGCAUUUCGAAUAGAAACAAAAAAUGUAGAUUCUGCGCUCCAAGACGAAGAAAACGCCCCAGCGGAUACUACCAUAAAUGUCACAAAUGAAAACCAUUACGUGGAAACUCCUCCAGCGAGUGAAAAAGAAUUUAACUUACCCAAGGAAAAUGGUGAAAUAAGUGUUUCAGUAGCACAGUGAGGAACCACACGGAGAUGCUCUGUUUAAAGCUGUGACCCAUAACUGGCCCAGUGCCCACAUACACUUACAUGUGCGGUAAAUCUUUCUUUAAAGUGUAAUGGUCGUUAAAAGUGGCCAGCACCUUUGUUGUAAAGGAAACGCAAAUAAUACUAGACACGUCUAAAAAGGCUGGACGACAGAAAUAGUGCCUGUUGUUACUUUCCCAUUGUAUAUUGAAUCAUAUAUAUGCCUAGGUAUUUCAAGAGGAGAUACAAGAGACAGUGGUUGCUGCAGAUCUGUAGCCACACACGCAAAUCGGCGGAGGAACUCCAGAUCAGGCAGCACUGAGAGAGAGAAACAAACAGUUGAUGUUUCGGUCCUGGUGAAGGGUCUCGGUCCAAAACGUCGACUGUUCAUCGCUCAAGCGGAAUGAUUCUGCGUGCCAGCUGAGUUGUGUGAAUUACUGUACUUUGUAACCCUCUGGCUGACUUGGAUACUUCCUAUAGAUUUGUAUAGACAUUACAGUGACUGGGACAUACAGAAAACGUGGUCAUUUAGUUACUAGCUGUGCAAAUAUGCCAACAGGCGCGAUAAAUUAAAUAGAGAACACAAACCACGUAGUCAUGUUGACAUUGAUCUGAUGAGUAAACCUCGUUUCCAGGAAACACGCGGCUGCACGGAUGCUGUUAAAAUACGAACACUCCACCCCAGAGGAAAAGGAUGCACCCCAAAUUUAUUGCGGGUUUAUAUUAAAUGCAUACCAGUAUUUGAAUUUAUAUGUUAAAGAAGUUAACGACGAUCUCCGCGGAACAUAAAAGUGCUAUUUAUUUUAGUCACAGAACGGAUCGAUCCACUCGGGUGGCCAACAUUCGCAGGGCACAUUGGGGCAAAAUAAAAAGCCACACACCAUCAAUUUUUAAGCGAACGCAUUCCUUAAACAAGAUUUUCCUGAGAGGCCCUGCCAGGCAAUAUUACAUCAGUGACCAUCAAGAUGUGCUGGAGAUUGCAGCUGGGAUAUGAAUCACUAGUGUGUCCCAUGCCGAAGGAUUUACUGCCUUGUUUCAUCAAGGAAAUUAAUGACGGAUAUUAACACGAGAGACUCUACAGAUGCUGGUAAUCUUCAGCAACACACAGGGAAUGCUGGGAAAACGCAGCAGGUCGGGCAGAAUCGACGGCGGGAAAUAAACAAUGUUUCGACGGAGACCCUUAAUCAUGACUGGAAAAGAAGAGAGCAGAAGGCAGAACAAGAAGGUGGGGGUGGGGGAAGCUGACAGGUGAUGGGUGGAGCCAGGUGAGGGGAGGAAAGUAAGUGGGUGGGGGAGGGGAAUGAAGGAGGAAGCUGGGAGGUGAUAGGUGAACGUGAUAAAGGGCCGAAGAAGGAUAGUGGACCUCUGAAAAAAGGGAGAGAGGAAGCAGGUGAUGGGCAGGUGAGGAGAGAGUAAGAGUGGGAGGGUAACCAGAAUGGGAAGAAAUCGAUGUUCAUGACGCGAGGUUGCAAGCUACCAAGACGGACCAUGAGGUGUACUCCUCCAACCUGAGUUUGGCCUCAUCAUGGCAGCAGAGGGAAUGGGAAGUCGAACUGAGUUGGGCCACUGUAAAAUUCAGUCUUUAGCAGCGGGCAGAACAAAAGUGCGCCAUAAAGCCGUCCCCCAAUCUGCGUCGGGUCUCGCCGAUGUAGAAGAGGCCGCACCAGCAGCCCCGGCUGCCGACAGAGAGAGGGAGAGGG